AUGAUCCUGUGCCUCGUCUCCCACGUCCUCGCGGUCCACCCUGGCCACGCCCGCCGCCUCAGGCUCGGAACCAUCUCUGUCGCCGGCAACUCCGCCGCCUAUGAGCACUGGCUCCGCUCGCCAGCCCUCGACGGCCUCCAAGUGCUCGGGAUCCACCCGGGGCUGCCCUGCCUGGACUUGAGGACUAUACCGCCCUUGCCGCUGCCGCCGCCGCUCCGCUUGGCUCGCACAUUGCGCGUCCUUAGGGUCGGCUCCUGCGUCCUCCCCUCCACCGCCGCCGCGCUUAGCUUCCCGCACCUCGAGACGCUGUCGCUCUGUGGCGUCAGCGUCUCGGAAGACGCCCUCCACGGCGUCCCCGCCGGCUGCCUCGCCCUGGGAACGCUAGUGCUCGACGAGUGCACCGGCUUCGCCCAAGUCAAGAUCACCUCGUCCACCAUCAGGACUCUCGCCGUCUCCGUCGCGCAUUCCAUGAACCCGAUGCCGGAGGUGAUGAUGCGCCGGGUAACCGUCGAGAACGCCCCUCGUCUGGAGUAUCUGGCCCCGUUCCGCCAUCGUUUCAGCGGCGAAUCCUUCGAGCUACGGGUGGUGAGCGCGCCCAGGCUGAGGUUCCUGGGAUGCAUCUCCAGGACCAUCUCCCGGCUCGAGCUUGGAGACACGGUGUUCAAAGUGACCAGAUGCCACAUCGACCAUGUGCACCAGGGCAAAGUAAUUUCUCAGGAAACGCGAUCGGAGAUGCGCGCGGUUAGAUAUGGGGCGACGCUGCAAACCGUGAAGAGUUUGGCUCUGGAGGACGUUGAUCGCACUGAUGUGGUCUGCAACUUCCUGAGGUGUUUCCCAUGCUUGGAGAAGCUCUACGUCUCUGCAGGAUCUUGA